AUGUACCUGUACAUGAGCCCUUGGAUAGAUACGUAUUAUCCCAAGUCUGCCACCAUGUCCGACCUAGCCGGCCGCAAGGUCUUCAAGGUCUUCAAUCAGGAGUUCGUCGUCGAUGAGCGCUACAAUGUCACAAAGGAGCUGGGCCAGGGUGCCUACGGUAUCGUCUGCGCUGCCACCAACAACCAGACCAACGAGGGCGUAGCCAUCAAGAAGGUCACCAAUGUCUUCAGCAAGAAGAUCCUUGCGAAGCGUGCCUUGCGCGAGAUCAAGCUGCUCCAGCACUUCAGAGGCACGCCACCGCAACGUAUAAUUCCUCCCGUCCGCUUCCCCUCCCUUCGCCGUCGUGCUAAGAAUUCCCCUCAGAUAACAUGUUUGUACGACAUGGACAUUCCUCGUCCCGAGAACUUCAACGAGUGCUAUCUCUACGAGGAACUCAUGGAGUGCGAUUUGGCUGCCAUCAUUCGAUCCGGCCAGCCGCUCACCGAUGCGCAUUUCCAGUCUUUCAUCUACCAGAUCCUUUGUGGCCUAAAGUUCAUACAUUCCGCAAACGUCCUUCACCGCGAUCUCAAGCCCGGCAACCUGCUUGUCAAUGCCGACUGCGAGCUCAAGAUUUGCGAUUUCGGUCUAGCCAGGGGCUUCUCCAUGGACCCCGAGGAGAAUGCGGGAUACAUGACGGAAUAUGUGGCUACGCGCUGGUACAGAGCACCGGAAAUCAUGUUGAGCUUCCAAAGUUACACCAAAGCCAUCGACGUGUGGUCCGUUGGUUGUAUCCUCGCUGAAUUGUUGGGCGGGAAACCCUUCUUCAAGGGCCGCGAUUAUGUCGACCAACUGAACCAGAUCUUGCACUACCUCGGCACCCCCAGCGAGGAAACGCUCUCGCGUAUUGGCUCACCCCGUGCCCAAGAAUACGUGCGAAACCUGCCUUACAUGCAGAAGGUCUCGUUUCAGUCGCUCUUCCGUCAAGCCAACCCCGAUGCCCUCGAUUUGCUUGAUCGCAUGCUUGCAUUCGACCCAUCGCAACGCAUCUCAGUCGAAGAGGCGCUCGAGCACAGGUACCUACACAUUUGGCAUGACGCUUCGGACGAACCUUCGUGCCCUACCACCUUCGAUUUCCACUUCGAGGUUGUAGAGGACAUUGGCGAGAUGAAGAAGAUGAUUCUGCAGGAAGUCAACCGAUUCCGCCAAUCUGUACGAGUCCAGCCUGGUGCACAAGGGGCGGGGCAACAACAGCAACAGAAUCAGGCUGUGCCGAUACCAAACAACUACGAUCGCAACGGGUAUGAAGAACCAAGACCGCAAGAGCCGGGAAUGCAGGGAGGAUGGCAGGGCAACGAUUUGGAGAGGGAUCUGCAGGGUCUAGAUGCUCGGAUGCGGUAG